AAGCAUACUUACUAAACUACACUACACUAACACUCUAAUAAGUUAGUACGCUAGUAGAAAGCUAGAAGAUACCUGUCAAAAUUGCUUAAAUGAGAGCCGAGUGGAAAUCCGCAAAAAUGAUUUUAGUCAUAUAUUUUAUUUAGACUAAAGUAAUGUAUGCCAUUAUAAGACUGUAUAAAGAUUUUUCAUCUUGUUCUCAAACAAGUAGUACUUAUGCUGACGAUAGACACCAUGGUGCAGUGUCAUCCGCCGCUGGAAAUAGAGGAAUUGCCAAAAGAAGACGAAGAAAGGCUCGAAAAACUUUUUUCUAAAUUAGACAAUGAUGGAAAUGGCAAAAUUGACAUACAUGAUUUGUCUGUUGCCCUCAAGGAGUUGGCCCCGCACAUUAAUCGCAGCUAUGCAGAGAAAUUUCUCGCUAAGACGGGGAAGGAUCCCGGUGAUGUUACUCUGUCUGAAUUUAUUCAUUAUGUCAGAGAACAUGAGAAGAAUCUCAGGCUGCAAUUCUCUCAUCUAGAUAAAAAUAAGGAUGGAAAAGUUGACUUGGAAGAACUUAUUUCCGCAUUUGCUGACUUGGGAAUUGCAAUUGGACGAAAUGAAGCAACCAAUCUAUUGAAAAGGAUGGAUCAGGACGGCAGCCUGAACAUCAGCUACGAUGAAUGGCGGGACUACCUCCUGCUAGCACCGGCCACCGAUAUACACGCACUCAUACAUUUCUGGAGGCACUCCACUUAUUUGGACAUCGGUGAGGAUAUGAACGUGCCUGAUGACUUCACUCCAACGGAAUUGCAAACAGGAAAGUGGUGGCGACAUUUGCUGGCAGGUGGUAUAGCUGGCGCUGUUAGCCGUACCUGCACAGCUCCUCUCGAUAGACUUAAAGUAUUUUUGCAGGUAAACCCAACUAGAGAAAAUAUGACAAAAUGUUUAGCUAAAAUGAUUAAUGAAGGAGGUUUCACGGGCCUGUGGCGAGGUAAUGGAAUAAAUGUUAUAAAAAUAGCGCCGGAAUCGGCUUUAAAGUUUGCUGCGUACGAGCAAGUAAAGCGUCUGAUUAAAGGCGAAAAAAAUCCGCUAGAAAUAUAUGAACGAUUCGUCGCCGGAGCCACGGCGGGUGCGAUUAGUCAAACUGUGAUUUACCCACUUGAGGUGCUAAAAACAAGAUUAGCUUUAAGGAAAACUGGCCAAUAUAACGGCAUUUUGGAUGCGGUGAAGAAGAUAUAUGCGAGAGAGGGACUGAAGUGUUUCUAUAAAGGAUACAUUCCAAACAUCCUGGGGAUAGUGCCUUACGCUGGCAUCGACCUUGCAGUGUACGAAACUCUAAAGAAGAAGUAUAUUAACAAAUACCAAGCUCACAACGAGCAACCCGGCAUGCUGCUGCUCCUAGCCUGCGGGAGUGCGUCCUGCACCCUGGGACAAGUGUGCUCCUAUCCUCUUGCUCUGGUGCGGACUAGGUUACAAGCCCAAGAACAAGCUGCAAAAGGCGCCGAGGGUACUAUGCGUGGCGCCUUCCGCGAGAUCGUCCAGAGAGAGGGCAUUCGAGGCCUGUACCGUGGCAUCACUCCUAACUUCAUCAAGGUCAUUCCGGCCGUGUCCAUCUCGUACGUUGUGUACGAGUAUGCCAGCCGCUCGCUCGGCGUCAAUAUGACGUGAUCCCGCGACCCCGCGACCCCGCCCGGAACCUUCCGGACCAUUCCUCCACUCCGUUCGACUAGCUCGAGCUCACAUCACAUUCUUCUCUAAGCAUAUGUAGCAAAUUGCAUUUGAUUGUACUGAUUGUACAUAGCUCUCGUAAAGGUUAAGUGUAUUAUUUAUUUUAUUGUGAAUUUAUAAUUCUAUUUAAAUUAAUGAUUCUGUUGACGUCCUCCGCAUGUAGCCUGGUAUUGUUAUGUGAAAUAUCUCGUGGGUUGCAUUGAUAUAAUUGGUUUGAAUUUGUUCCGUGACGGUAUGGUACGGCGGAUACAUCUGUGAUUAUAAUAAAUUAUGUAUUUUUUUUA